AUGCCCACCUGGGAAGGCCUGAAGCCCCCUCACCGUGACCCCAAUACAGACCCAGAGCCACGUCUGAAUCGUCAUCGGAGGUCUGAUGUACCAGUAGAAGAGGAGGAAUUGCCAUCUCUGCACCUCUUGGCCCUGCGUUUGGAGCGACAACUCCUCUGCUGCUUGCCACCAGAUGAAGGGACUCUAGACACCAAGAGAUCCUUCUCCGAAGACUGGAUGUUGAGCGCCUCCCUCGAAGGAGCCAACCAAACCUGCACAGAACUAAAAACAUGUGAGGAGCUUGGCUGGGAAGAAGAUCCCCCCCACACACACACUGUGCAAGCUGAGGCCCUUAACUCCCAGGCCCCGGGGGUGCCAACUGCGAACGAGGCAGUCCAGACUGGAAGGCCCACUGCAUCAUGGUACCCAUAA